GUGGGGGUGUAUCGUUGAAAUCUAUUCUCACAGUUCAGACCGUGAAUGGCAGUCGCGUGAGAAACCCUGCUCAGACUAGGCCUGCGCGAAGUUACCCGUUUCUGUGUUCCUACAGGCGAUACUGUUGACAAGAUUAGUCCAUUCUCUCACAGAGUUGUCCAAUGCGAGCCCAGACCUCCGUGGCCCUGCGACUCUCUCUGCCCUUUGCUGCUGCGGCUUUGAGCCUGUUCAAAAAGGAGCCUAUUGGAAAGCAAGCGAAGAGGCCCAAGCAGCUGUGACGUGGGCGGUAUCGCUUCAUUCACUGUUCUCUAUGGCAACGGCCCUUGGUCUCGGAAAAAUGCCCUCUUUCAGACCUUUUGGUCUAUCUUUGCAGAGUGGACGGCUGGGAUGUUGCAUGUUUACUGUUUCGUGUGGGUUAGACUACAGUUUUGCUCAGACACAGCAUACAAAACAUACAAAUUCUUAUCUCGGCUAAGUACGCCUAGAUGACGUGUAGCGAAGUUGACAAAUUUCGAGUAGCCUUCGCUAGGAUAGCACAGUAACAUUAAACUAUUUGACUGAAUUGUGCUCAGCCUAUGAGUAAACCCAAUAGAAGGACCUACUUAGGACAUAGCCUAAGCUCGAUAGGGUACUGGCUAUAUUGUUAACUGCAGUGAAUGACUAAGAUAGGCUUGUUAUAAGGUCAAGUUGGUUAUUGCCUAAUAAUUAUUAUACUUUUAUGAAAUGUAUGUCAGUUGAUUUCAGUUCUGUUCACGACAAAUGAGGUGUUCAUUACAAUAUUUGGUUAUUACAGCCAUACUGCUAUUUUACUGUAAAAAUGGCAAGUUAUAUUCACUAUCAACUUGUUAUUAUUCUCUGUUAACCUGUAAAGGCAAUUAUGCAUUUAGUAAAUUAAGUGUUUUGUUGUAGGCCUUAUUCAGUCAUUAACAGAGUGACGGUAUAGAGCAAUCUUACACGUUGCCGUUUCUGAUGCCUUCUGCGUGGGCAUAAUUUCUUGCCCUUAUCAUGAAUCUCUCUCACACAUCCAGGAAGAUGCCCUAAUAAACGAAAAGUUAAUUUAAUAUUCAAAGGCCACUUAUGUUUUAAGUGAAACCGAGUGAAAUGAUUGAACUAUCCAGAUCAAUACAUAUACAUGCGCCAUAUAUGUAUGCAACAUUUGAACAUUUACAGACCUAAAUGUGGCAAACUCUUCUAUCCAAAAUAACCCUGUGUGGAGAGUCAAUAAUUCAUAUUUUUUAAAAGUCUAUAAUUUAAAAUCAGUAGGCUACACAAUUUCAAAAUAGUAUUAGCAAUUCUCUAAGCUUUCAAGUAAAGAAAUAAACAAUUACUAAUUGGGAUAUGAUCAAAGAAAAUGUCCAAGCAACUCUUCUUUAAAAGUUGACUGAAGACCUCUUUCUCGCCUGCGUCUCUACUUCCCUGCGUCUUUUUCAGGCUGCAGCGCUCCCAGUAUUGUUCCCGGGACUGCUGCAUGUUAGUGCAUAGUCUCUGGUGACCAAUGAGAGUGGUGCUGUCAGGGGUAUCCGCAUCUGUCAACCAAUCCUGGCCAAUAAGGAACAGAGAAAGGCGGACCUCAGGUGCGCGCCACUGCGCCUUGUUGGCCUCGCGCCAGAGAGCCGCCUGUGGCUUUAGCAGAGAGGUGUCCGUCAAACGCGCGGCCCCUUUAAUGCAUGCGAUCACUCUGGCUCCGGGAGCUAUGGCGACCACAGCGUCUAACCACUACAGCAUCCUGACAUCUAGUGCAUCAGCCGUGCACUUGGAGCCCGGCAGCAUGCAGCAUGCAGCUGCGUACCGCGACACGCAGAGCCUGCUGCAGAGCGAGUAUUCUCUGCAGGGCAGUGCACACCCGCUCGGCCAUGCGCACCAGUGGAUCACGUCGCUGUCGCACGCGGAGGGGGCGCCGUGGCCCUCCAGCCCCCUCAAUGAGCAGGACAUUAAGCCCGCGCUGCAGGGGGACCGGGAGGAGCUGCAGGACUCGCCCGGUCUGCAGCAGCAGCAGCAGCAGACGCAGCCUACACACCUGCUGCACCAACCAGCGGCACACGGGGGGACCCAUCACGACUCGCGGCCGUGGAGGACGGCAACCACCACUCACCUAACGAGCAUGACGACGUCAAACGGUCAGAGCAUGGUUUACACGCAGUCGGGCUUCACCAACCUUGGGUCCGCCGAUGAGCAGGGGCUGCAUCAUCACACUCUACAGGACGCGCACGAAGACCACCACAGCCCGCACCUCAGCGACCCCGCGCACCAGCAGCCCCUUCACCUGCACCAGCAGCAACACCCGGGUCACCACGAGCAGUCGGACGAGGACUCGCCAACCUCGGACGACCUGGAGCAAUUUGCCAAACAGUUCAAGCAGCGGCGGAUCAAACUGGGCUUCACGCAGGCGGACGUUGGGCUCGCGUUGGGUACGUUGUAUGGUAAUGUGUUUUCCCAGACCACCAUCUGCAGGUUCGAGGCGCUGCAGCUCAGCUUCAAAAACAUGUGCAAACUCAUGCCAUUGCUGAACAAGUGGCUUGAGGAAGCGGACUCUACGUCCGGCAGUCCCACCAGCUUGGAUAAGAUCGCAGCGCAAGGCAGGAGGAGGAAGAAACGGACUUCUAUCGAAGUAGCUGUCAAAGGGGCUUUGGAAAGCCAUUUCCUCAAAUGCCCCAAACCCGGGGGUGCGGAGCUAACCUCCGUGGCGGACAGUUUACAGCUGGACAAGGAGGUGGUGCGGGUCUGGUUUUGUAACAGGCGGCAAAAAGAGAAGCGCAUGACAACCCCGUGUGAACCGCUCCCUGGUGCGGAAGAUGCCUACGGGGACACCCCACCACACCACGGAGCCCAGACUCCGGUUCCGUGACACAUGAACACGGACGACGAAAGGAAUGUGUGCAAAAAGAACAUGCAGAACCAUCUCUUUGUUGUCUCAGUCACGGACCCGUUAGCAGAGAGCUCGCCACACGAGCCAGUCAAUGAGCGUACGUGAAUUUGAGACUGGUAAGGGGUAUGUGCAACCCGUGGUAGGGGUGAGUGAUGUGAGGAAAACAAUACAAGGGAUGGAUCCACAAACACCAACCCCACAAGACACUGAGAGGCUUUUUUGUGUGAAUGAAACUGUCUUAAUGGAGACGAGUGACAAGCAAACGCUAUUAUACAGAGCACGGUGCCAGUCCAAUUUUCAUGCUUGUUUGCCAGAUUUGCUUAGAAUGAACGACCCGAAAGCUGUGAAAAAAUAGGCGGGAGCUGCGUUUGGUACCUCACGCCAUCUUUCCUUCAUAUCAACAGGAUUGCACGGGACCAGCAAUGGCGACAAUACUGUCACUUAUUUGCCUUCUUUGACGAUGCGAUAAAACUAGUGAAUUAUUAUUA